GGCUACACUGCUGUCGGGGUGACGGACGGACGUGAAAGCAUUCGGUGUGUUGCCGAUGCCAAAGCAAAACUAGAGUCGGUGUGCUGCAGUUCGGACGCGUUUUUUUCUUCCUCUCGUAGCAUGUUUUUGGAUACGCGGAUGGUGUGUGUUGAUUUUUGAUUGAACAGAAUCGCGACUUUUCCUCCACUGUGUUCGCUCUUAGUGGGAUGCUUUUGGAUUGCAGUUUUUCUUUCGGUACACAAUUUUGGCCAUACAAAAUGGAUUGACUAACGAGAUUGCGGUGAAAUUUGUUGUGUAAAAGAGUGCUUAGUGAAAGAAUUUUCCUCUGUGGAUCGUAAAACGGAUGCGACAUACGUGCGUUCUAGAGCACCAGUGGAUGAGAAGAAAACCAGGAGUUUUUGAUGUGAAAUGAAAAUGUGACGUUUCCUGUCUGUUGAUGGAAAAAUUGAUUCCAAGUUAAUAUCGGAAUAAUGAAGCGAAAAACGUCAGCAAUGUGUAUUUACUGUUUCCAAUGCAAAAAUGAUGUUUUUUUUUAUCUCUGAAUGGGUUGCGGAUGGCAGAGUAGCAGCAACAAUGGUGGAUUACUUGGGGAUGCUACUCGGCUGCCCUGUCUGAUGCUGUUAAAUUGUAAGGAAGAAAUAAUGGUGGUAUGUGCGCAAAAAUAAUUGAAAAAUUUGAAUUUCACCGUGCAAGGGAAAUAAUUCACUUUCAGUGUGAAGAUGAAUGCAGAGUGUAUGUUGCUGGGAUGGAAUUUGAAUUGAUGUGCGUCAUUUCUGAAAAUUCCAAUGAAGUUUCAACAUACGUUUUGGAAUAGCUUUAAGGAACAUUCCAUCGGUUAAAGCACAGUGGAAAAUUCGCAUCUAGUGGCCAUAGAACUCCCGUAUCCAGUGACUUCCAUCCAUGCAACUAACGAUAGCAGGGUGCAAAGUGAAGAGCAGUGUCAAAUAUAAUGCGGUUGUGAGAUAUUAGAAUAUGAAUGAGGUUAGAGAUAGUGGCAACGAAAAAUCAGCUUUGGCUAUCAACUGGUAAUGAAGAUAUCGAAUUUCAAUUAGGGAAUUGUUUGCACGAUAAAGUGUGCUAAAGAAGAGGUUUUCUGUUAAGGGUGGUCGUUUUGUUCUUAUAUUCAGGAAUCAAAUCAUAGCAAGUGUGAACAACAAGUUGUUUUAUCCAUUCCCAUCGGAUGGGCUAUGGGCGGUAGUGUGCAAUGAGCAGUUGUUUUGACUGUUGGUCAGUUGUAGUGAAACAAAAUUUCGGUAUCAAUCUAGUGCAGUUUAUAAUUGUGAGCUGAUAACGAUGAACGUAGGACAGCAUAGUGGCCCAGGGCCGCCACUCAACCGCACUGGCUGCUCGGAUCGCUCGGUUACCGGACCUUCCUGCAGGGCACUGCGUACGGCCGUGUCGGCAUUGUAUUGCUUGGAUGAUUUCAUACGGGAAAAGAUCGGUGCUGGUUUCUUCUCGGAGGUCUAUAAGGUGACACAUCGGACGACCGGCGACGUGAUGGUGCUAAAGAUGAACCAGCGCAGAGCAAACCGGCCCAACAUGCUGCGAGAAGUACAGCUGCUGAACAAGCUGUCGCAUCCGAACAUCCUAAGAUUCAUGGGCGUCUGUGUGCAAGAAGGUCAGUUGCACGCCCUCACCGAGUACAUCGAAGACGGUUCACUGGAGCAGCUGAUCGCAAACAGCACCGUAUAUUUGUCACCGCUGUUGAAAAUACGAAUCGCACUCGGGAUCGCCCGGGGGAUGCAGUACGUGCACGACGUCGGUAUCUUUCAUCGGGACCUGACAAGCAAGAAUGUGCUCGUGAAAAGAACUGCAGACGGUAUGUACGAUGCAGUGGUCGGAGAUUUUGGACUGGCAGCCAAUAUCCCGCGUAAAUGUGGUAAACCACGACUGGACACAGUAGGUUCGCCCUACUGGAUGAGUCCCGAGUGCUUGAAAGGGCAAUGGUACGAUCAAACCAGUGACGUGUUUUCCUACGGGAUCAUCCUCUGCGAGCUGAUUGCGCGGAUUGAGGCUGAUCCUGACUUCAUGCCAAGGACUGAUUCAUUCGGACUGGAUUACAUCGUGUUUGCCGAUCUCUGUCCGAAUGAUACGCCACCGGCGUUUCUAAGACUGGCUUUUUAUUGUUGUACCUAUGAUCCAAAGAGUCGUCCCACGUUUACCGAGUGCAUCAAGAAAUGCACGUUGCUGUCGGACGUGUGUGAAGACACCUACAGUCAACAGCAGCUUAGGCAUAGUAUAAGCAAUGGCACUAACACUAACACCGUCCUAUCCUCGCCAGCGUCUGCAAACGGCAAUGGUCCAUCCUCGGUGAUAUCACCCGCAUCAGUGACCUGUUCCUCUGUACAUAGUAGUAGCAGUAGUAGUACCAACGGUUCCGGUAACAAUAGCAUUAGUGUUAGUCACAACAAUGGCACGACGGCAGCACCGAUUGUAAAGAAUGUUAUUGGCAAGCGGAAUUCAAUAGAUGUCACCAACAUCAGCCCAACGAGUGAGAACGCUCAAGGUGGCAAAGAAAAUCUAAGCCGUGAAAAUAGCUUAAACGGUGACCGUGAUGGAGAUAAUCCUCUCCAUCAUCGGCGAUCACUUUCCGAGAACGUUAUCGUGUUUCCGCCUCAUACCACGCCUAGCGAUAAAGCACGCUACCACAUGUAUCAACGAACGGCUGUCAGUAGUAACCUAGCCGAAUCGGUUAUUCCGGAAUUACCGACCUAUUCAAACCAGACCCUCCGGAAAGUUGCUGAGACGAUGCUGCUGAAGGAUCCGCAGUAUAAACUCCUCGCCAAAACCGACCAGGGUGGAGUUCCCAAGGCGAAUCCAUUCAGUACGCUGUCGCAGUUGAAAGGGGUUAAGAAGAUUCUUGGACCGAACCCGGCGGUCACGACAUACAGCUCGGGAGAUUUAUUCAGUUCCUGUUUCGAAAUAUCGGCUCCACUGCUACGAGAAUGGAAUAUAGUACAAAAUAGGAAUGCGAAAAAUCGAGAUGGUUUAAGCAGCGGUGGUAGCAGCAUUGAGGGUCAACCUAAAAGUUUACCAAGUUCACCAACGUCUCCGCGGAAGGAGUAUUGCGAUGAAAAUGAAGAGGAGAGCGCAACUACAAAAGCAAGGGUAACAAGUAAAUCCAAACACUCCGACCAACAAGAAAAUGGUUCAACAGAUGAAAUGACAAAUCUAGCAGGAUACACAUUCUCCCGCAAAGUGUCGGUCGGAGGUGGAUCUGGGAUUAAAAAGUAUCGUGCCAAUUUCACUGAACUCUCUAGUCACCCACUCUACAAAAGUGGCGCGAUUGAGAUUGAAUCUAGCAGUGUUGAUGAAUGUGCUGCGAAUGGCAAUUCCACUGGCAACAACACCGAUAGCGGGACUGAGGAAGGAGGAAACGAUAUUAUACCAUCGCUGGUUAAUGGCGGUCCAGGAGGAAUCAAGAAAUCUUCUUCAAGUGUUAUUGGGGAGGGAGUUCUAGAAACGCCCAGAAUAUUGACGAGGAGAGGUUCGACUGAAAGUGGGUUCUUUUCAUGCUUGAACGAAGACUUUAGUACGUACAAAUCGUCACAAUGCUGCUGCAUGGAUAAAGUCAAUUUCGAAUCUGCCGAUCGGUUAUCCGUCUGUAGGUGUGUCUAUGGAGGUGUGAAUAAUAUCGCUGGGAAACUCGAGGAUUUAGAAUUGGCCUCCAAUCAAACGUUGAACGAUAACUCAAGCAUACUGCUGUUUGACGAUACAUCUACGAAUGUGAGCUCGUUGAGAAGUAUGGAUGAUCUUGAGCUGUCAGAUUCAAUCAGGAAAAAGUUCAACUAUCGACACCACAUGCUCAGCAAUGUAGAUAUAGAUGCGCGAUCCAUUGAUAUGGGGCUGAUCAACAGGCUAGCAUUGGACUCGGAAAUCAACAGUAUGAUUCAGAAGAAUCAAUUCACAAAUCAACUGCUUUACUGCAAGAAUAGAUCGUCGUCAAUUUUCACCGACAGUUCGGAUGAUAUAAGCUCGCUGGCUGGGUCAGAUUCGCUACUGUGGGAUGAUCGGUCGUUUACAACGAUACCCAAUGCACGAUCGGCCCAAAUUGCCAAAAUAGUUGAAUAUUUUGAACGGAAAGGUCAAACCUUCAAACCAUUCACAGUACCUGACUCGGCUCUCGGAUUCUCCGCGGGUCAAUCCGGCUCGUCAGCCUCGUCUACAUCAUCGUCCACAUCCGGUGCACACCACCCAUAUCAGUAUCACCAUCUUCAUCGAGGUAACGGAACCACUGCUGCAGAUUCGGCCAGACGAGCAUCGAACGGUUACUGCAAAUUCACCUCGGCGGAGCUUCGUCAACGGUCGGAGUAUGAAGCGUUCUGCUUGGAUCUGGAACGGAGACAAUCGUCUGCAGCCAGUGUGCAACAGCAGUACCACCAUCUGCAACAGCCGCAACAACAGCACCAUCGCUUGAACAAUAUUUGCGAGGGAAAUGUUCGGUCGAAGCUUCAACUGUUUGAUAAACUGAAGCAGCAAAAUGGCGCCGUUGCAUCUCCACCGCAGUCGACAAAUACAGGAAGUAAUAGCAGUAUAAACAGUGGCAACGGGAUGACAACGUCCGGUGGCAGUGGUAACGUUAGUAACGGUAAUUGUCCUUAAUGCCAUCGAUUUGAGUAAAUAAUAAAAUGUGUACGAUGGAACUCUUGGAUUGUAAAGGAAGUCAAGGCAUUGCAACGACCUAUAUUCGUUUGAGUUUAUUAUUUUUUCAUCUUAUGGCUCUAAAGACCUGAAAACCUAAACUCAAUUGUUCGUUAUAGUUGUAAUCAAACAUAGAAUCAUUCUAAAGCGGUUUGAUGGUUUAGGUUUUUUUUUCAGAAGGGUUUGUCGACCAGCUUAAUUUUUAUUACCGAAAUUCGGACAGUCAAUUAACUCGGCAAUUAAAAAAAAUGAUCGGCUGUGCGAGCUUUUGCGGAUCUGGUACGGUUGGCAUAAUCGCUAUGAUUCGACAUAUGUUUGAACCAAGAGUUAAUGUAAAAUCUAUGAAUAUUCCUUCUUUUAAUUGAUGCUCGUUCUUUAACAAAAUCAAAAAUGUUCUGCCGUGGCAUUUUAGCGCAUGGAAGAACUGCUCAUAUAUGGAAGAAGGAAAAAGCUGCUUCAACAGUUAGUUAAAGCUUAUACCUAUCUAAACAUAUUCUAAGCGCUCUCGCACAAUGCAUGAGCAUUUAAAAAAGGGAAUGUUUCCUUCUUUGCUACAUAUUUGAAGAAAGGAACAUUCUCUUCUUUAUGAAAUUUACUCCCUUUUUUAUUAAAUAUUCGAAGAAGGAAAUAUUUCCAAAAGUCACUAAAACAACAAUUCUAUGGGAAAAACGAGCAGUAAUGAAAAGAAGGAGUAGGUAACUUUGGUUGCAAAUUAUCUUUUAGUUCUACGAUUUGUAAAGAUUAUGCCCAAUAUCUGUUAUGCCAGACUUCAUAUUGUCAAAUGUCCCAGAACCGUAUGCCUAUGCCUAAACAUAAUUCCUUAAAUCAAAACAUAACAAAAGGUCGUCCAGUUUGAUCAAUUAAAAUAGAACAAUCUGCUAUCUGUCCGUUUUAUUCGAAUUCCACAAAUUGGUAACAAAAGUUUGACAUCUACCGAGUAGAAUCUGAAUGACUACUACUUUCCUUUGAUAUUGUCUUCACUUCAGUUCAGGGUAGUAUAUUCUAAACUAUUCCAUCCAAAUUCAAUGUUUUUGAUAGUAAACAAACUAUCCCGAUAUCGUUGUUAUCGUCUAGUGAGAGAACAAAUCACGCAUGAAUAGAAGCAAAAAGUCACUUACAUUGGAUCUAAAGGGUUGAAAUCGCAAAACUAACUAAAAUUACUACAAAAGCGUCCAAUUCAAUAUGAUUGUCUCAAAGAAGUAAAUCUGUGAGCAAUAAAUAUACACAAAAUUCAAAAGUAUUCAAAGAAAUAAAAUGUUAUUAGUGUUACAAUUGUUAACCAUGAAAAUGCACAAACUUUUUGUUUCCCUUCAGAGCAAGUUUGUAGCUACUCAAGUAACUAAAUGGCAUCAUUCAUUGACACAAUCGUGUAGCAGACAACAAAAAGACCCCAGCGCAACAUUGCAUAACAAAAAAAAAAUAAGAGAAAUGUUCGUACACAACAUUAAAGGCCUUAUAUUUUCAUAAACGACAAACAAUUGAAUUGAUACACAACUAACAAGUGCAAGAGAUCACAUGUUUACUAAAGUGCAAACAGACACAACCACAUUGUAGAUAAAAUAUACAUUUACGAUUAGGGAAACGAGUUUUGUUUUCUUUUGUAGCCAAAAUUAUACACAAUAACCAAUCGGAAUCAAUGAUGGAUGGAAAAAAAAUCAUUUAUCACUCAAUUAUUAGAGUACGAUACCAACAUAUGAACAUACGUUUGAAACUUUUUGACGUCCAUUUAAGAAGUGAAAAGAAUAGAGAUCAUACGUUUAACUUAUAAGCUGAAAAGUACUAUAUGUAGUUGCAAAUGCAGACACGUUUAUUAAAAUCGAGAAAGCAACUAAUGCCAAAAUAUUCUACCCAGAAGUUUGACCUUCAUCCAACGUCAAAUCAUCCAGUCGUCUUCCCCAUUCACCAUUGCAAGAGAAGCCAAGCUAAUGUAGAACUGGAAUAAAGUCUGCUCACUUCUUCCAUUUCCAGUUGCCAAUUUUCUGUCUAACCUUAGCACCCUCAUCCAACAUGAAAGAACAUCAGGAACAAGCAAACCUUACAAUAGCUUUAACAGUAUUUUACGUUCCUAGAAGUUUGUACUACAGGAUCAAUUCAUAAGUAAAGAAAUAGAGCACACAAUACAUUAAAAAAAGCUUAGCGAUAACCUUCGCGUUCACACCGAGGUUAGGCGAUAGACAAAAUCAACGCAUACCUAUACAAUCAAAUCUUGAAGCACCUUUAGUAUCAUUUAUAGAAACCGUUCAGUAUCACAACCAUAUCUUUUAUCUUAUCUCACUGUAACUAUGUUUCUUUUUGUUUGUAGAAAAAUAUUAGCUUUAUAUUGCAACAUUAUACAUUUUUCCCCCAAUCGCAUGGUAAGUUGUAAUGAAAUGGGCAUAACUGCAAUACUAGCUCGUAGUACUGUAUUAAAUUUACGUUACAAUAGACUAGGAUUCUUCAUUACUAGCUAGUAUUUUUUUUUAUCAAGCAUAUCAACUGAGAUUAAGUUUGCUGUAAAGGGGACUAUUCUUUUACUGUAAAGCAGCAUUAAAUCGUACUUGUCAUUUUGUAGCAUAUCCCUUAGUAGACCCUUCUCGUACUACUCUUUGUAGCUAUUUAUUUUGUCUUCUUUGAACAAAUUGUGUAAAAAGGGAAGGAAUUUAUGUUUACCACUGAAAGCUAGCUUAAGUUUAUUGCCGCAAUGAUAUGUAGAUACGCUUUUCACGACUUUAUUUUUGUUUUCCGUGAUUAUAAAACUAGGCAAACAUUAAACACUGCACAAAACAGAAAUAGAUUAACGCAAGUAUGGUUUAAGUCAGACAGUUUUAGUGUUCCUUAUUUAUUUUUUUUUAACCGAAGUAGUUUUUGUGUUUACAGCACUAAACAAAAGCGAGUGGAAAGUACUAAUAAUAAUGAGUGGGAACAGAAAAUGUCCCUCUUAUGGUGGAGUGUUACGGAAAUUCACAGAAACGUAAUUCAAGCCAAAUUGAAACAAAAUGUAAUUUGAUACCUUACAAAUCGUGGCUAAACAAAAGUAGAUCACAUUAUUUUAUCAGAGAAAAAAAAAAAAGUAUUGUAAUCAUCCCAUUUCCCGUCUGAUUGAACUGAUAGAGCCAAGUAUGCAAACAAAUUUUAAAAAGAAAGGUGACACCUCAUGAUGGUUUCACCUGCUCACUUCCGUGUACGUUGUGAAUGCAACAUUGAUUCACUAAAUUCAUUUAAAAUCCAUAAGACUCCCACGGGAAUGCUGCAGAUGUUACUCUGUGUAAAUUAAUCACACAAAAUUUACCAAGACAAGUCAUUCACACUUAUGGAGAUCGCUGAUUAGAAAAAAAGGAAACGAUUGUAUAUGUACAUACAAAACUAUAUGCGAUGAGAAACAUGGAAAUAUUUAUAAUUUGAAAAAGGAAAUAU